CCGCCACCCAAAAACCCUUCCGUCCCGUUAUCUUCUGUACAAUGAUUAUAUGUAUGUUUGCGUAUGCCUGUUAAUAGUGCGUAUAGAGCUUCCGAUAGUCUUCUCAUUUCUUCGUAUCGAUAGAGUCGCAUACACGUAUGUAUUUAGGUAAAGUUGUUGGGAAUGUUCUCCUAUUUUGUUAAAAAUUAAAAAUUACAGUCUUCUUAGUAGUUGAUUGGAUUUUCUGAAACCUGCUUCUAAUUAGUAGUUGACUAUCUGUUUCCUUGUUUUUCCUUUACUUUGAUUUGGAAUACAGUGCCCACCUCUUUUAACUUGAGAAAAUUGUAGGAAAGCUUUUAUACAGAAAGUUACAUAUGUAUCAAUGGGUUGAUAUCUUUUGGAAUGAUUUUUAUUAGAUUUGGUAAAAAAAUAAUAUCUUAUUUUUACUUGCUGGCUGUUUAGUCAUUGGGUGACUAGAAAUGCUUGAUUUUGUUAUUUGCUAAUCAAAGUUUGUUUUGGUUGGUUGGGAAAAUUAUAUGAAUGCUAUGCUACUGUUGAUAUGAGUUCUGUUCAUUAUAUUUGAAUAUUAUAGGGACAAUUGUGUCCUUUUCAAGCUGCUGAGCUUCAAAGCUUUUUCUGCUUUGUUUGGGAAAUAAUAUGCAAUGUUGAUGAAUGCUAUGACGAUCCCUAUGGAGUUUAUUAUUCUUGAAAAGUACGGGGAUGAUUGAAUCCUGUUUAGGCUAUUGAGCUUCAAGGGAUGAAGUUAGGCUUCAUGUCAUUUUAUUUUGUCAAGGAGGAAGGCAGUGGCUAGAAAGUUGAUGUGGCUGAGAUGUCGCUGCACCUUGGUAAUAUAUCACCUCACAUUCGUAGAGAUGAAUUGGAGAGUGUUUUCCAGAGGUUUGGGCGGUGUACUGUACGUCUGAAAGACAAAUUUGGAUUCGUUGUUUAUGAUUACCCUGCAAAUGCAGAAAAAGCACUGAAAAUACUUCGAGGCAAGGCUAUCUGCGGAGAGCCGAUAACUCUUUCAUGGUCAAAUAGGCAGCCUCAGCCAAAGCCUCUCCAGAGAUUUACUAAGGGUGCUAGGGUCUUUCAGCCACCACGAGGGAAACACUUUGGUAGACAUGAUUAUGUUUCUCGAGAUAUGGGUUACAAUGGUCAACGAGGUCAUAAAAGGGGCUUUAGGUCGGCAGAAAUCAAUGGUGGAAGGACUGGGUAUGCUGACCGAGUUGACGAACUUACAAGCCAUCAUGGCUAUGUAGAAGAUCAUUCUUUUGUGGAUGAUUUUCCUGAUGACAGUGGAGGGAGAGAGGCAACAGUUUUGCAAAAUGGUAGGUGGGAGGAGCAGGGUCUUGAACCCUUGGAUCAGAAUGGCCUAGAAAAUGGGCCACACUUUGACCGGUAUGUACCUUCCUCUGCUGAUGAGAUAAAUGAACACGAUCAUCUGACCUGCAUGGAAGAUUUGCCCUCUCGUAGGAGGCCAGAAGAGAAAACAGAAAAAGAACACUCUAACACUGGUGGGAAUACAUUACCUUCAAGGCCGCAAAUAGAUGUCAAGGAAGAAGAAAGAUUAAGAAAUAGCCACAGGUCAAGACACAGAGAUUCUUCAUUUGAAAGAACUACACAUCAAAGUGGGAGAAAGGACUAUAGGGAAAAAAAGCGAAGGAGGGAUAACCCUGAAAGCACAAGAAAUUAUUCAAAGAAAGCCAGGGCACCAGUCACAAAUUCAACUUCUUCUGAUCAUACAUCUUCUGAAUCACAUUUGCAUUCAAGGUCGUUAAAGUCUUUGUCCAUGUAUCCUUCAAAUUCAAUGCCAAAAUCGUCUCCUGCCAGAAAAAAUUCUCGAUACUCUAGUAUAAGGUCUGGCUCAACAUCACAUUCAAAGUCAAGCUCUCCUACAUCUCAGCCUAUAUCAGUCUCACCAGAUCAAUCCUUAUCUUCAUCUUCAAAUAAGAUGGAGAUAGAGCAGAAGGAUUUGCAUCAGGAGUCAAAGGUAGAUAUUUUGGAAGGGGACCCAGUGGCAAAAAAUGAGGCUAGUUCAGACUACUCAUUUAAAGAAGUGAAAGAUUCACUUGCCCCAGAAUCCUACAUUGGUGAUCCCACUGUGUUUCCGCACACUUUGGGAGUGAUUGGGGAAUUUCAAAAUAAUAAUGAUUUAACAGUGCAACAUGCAAAGUCUCAAAGCCAGAACCCAGAUGUCAAUAUUUCUGAGCGAUCCCUUGCUGCCAAUUUGAUGAAACUAUCCUCAGAGGAACUAUGCAUGGUUCUAAAACACUACAGACUGGAACAGCCGGAGGAAAUUGAUAAAGACUUACCUAUAGAAGAUUGCUUGGGCUGUGCUCGGUUUUGGCCUUGGGAAAUCAUCUAUUAUAGAAGGUACAAGAAGGGGCAUAUCUCAACUGAAAACUACACCCGUAGGCUUGCACAAAAUAAAGAGUUUGGAAUUGUUGACAAGUAUGUCCGAAGCAGUAGUGGAUGGGGUGAAGUGUGAAGAGAUGUGUUUUGAUGUACAUGUGCACCAACAUGCCAUGGCAUAGAUAACUCUAGUACCCCUUUACUCGUCAUGUUAUCUCUGUAGCUAUUUGCAUAUCAAGAUACUUCAGUUACAAACUGUUGUGGUAUCAAACUAUCAAACCUUGUAUAAAUUCUAAAGUAGUUUAGUAGUUAUCCUUUUUUCUAUUCCCAAUGAGCAAAAGAAAAUUAGUCUGUUUAA